UUUCGGCCUACCAGUCGCCCUUGAGCUCGGACAUGACGGCCACUAGGAAAGCUGUUGCAGCUCUCAUCCUGGCUCUGGUCUCCGCCAGCGCCAUGGCCCAGUUUGAUGGCUUCGAGGGUGGUUUUCGCUUUGGUGGUGGCCCUGACAGUAGGGAGUACCGCGACUACGACCGUGACUAUGGAUACGGUGGUGAGCGUGGAUUCGGCGGCGACUAUGGCUUCAACCGUGGACGGGACUUCGGCUUCGGCGGCGGUUUCGGCAGAUAUUAAAAAAUGCCGAACGGUUCUGAAUUUGCCUCUGACGCCACUUGGUUGCUCGGAAAGGAAGGCUGGUAAGAACGAGAGGUCCUCCGUGUAUCUCACUGUAACGCGCGAAGACCGAAUGAAAUGCAGCUAACAAUUACAGAAGCAAAUAAACCAUUCUCAAUCGC